CCAAGUGUGUGUGGUAAGGGCACAAGUAUAGUUACGGUUGAGGAGAAGCUGAAAACAUUACUACGUCCGAAGGAAGAGGUAUCAGAAAUUCUCUCGUAGUGGUUGUUCAAUAUGCCCGGCAGCUGACAUCUCGCCAAACCCAAUUAUAAGGUCAUUUUUAAUGGAGGUCCAAGGGCAAUGGGCGGAGGUCUUCGAGGGCUCUGACAGACAAGAGGACUCUGGUGGGGAGGGUGAGCUGCUGGGUAGCUCCACAGUCACCUUGGCUCCUCUGGUGGCCAACCCUCCUCCCCCUCCCGUUCGCCGCUCCCAGCCCCUCGUCAUCCACAAGAGCAGAAUGAAUAGCGUGGGACUGUCCUCUGUUCCUUCUAUACCCAAUCCCUUUCCGGAGCUGUGCAGCCCCUCUCAAUCCCCAGUCCUGAUUGGCUCUCUCUCACCACCAAGAAGUGACACCCAUCUGAUCAAGGUGUUCGGCGAGGACAGUCACAGUCGGUCCCUGUGGGUGAUACCCAGGGCCACAGCCAGGGACGUGUGCCAUUUGUUGGUGCAGACAGCCCAUUGUAGCGACCAGGAGAACUGGGCUCUGAUCGAGCUGCAUUCAGCCUUGGGCCUGGAGCGAGUUCUGGAGGACCACGAGGUGGUGGUGGAGGUGCAGGCUGCCUGGCCCUCCGAGAGCGACACCAAGCUUCUGUUCCGCAAGAACUACGCCAAAUAUGAGUUCUUCAGGACACCUGUGCUGUUCUUCCCCAAGCACAUGAUCUCAGACAGUGCUGAUGUCACCAAGGGAAUGACCUCAGCGGAACUCAUCCAGAAUCUGCUGCAGUCGGGGACAUGUCCUGAGAUCCAGGGCUUCCUCCACGUCAGAGAGCCCAGCCGCAAAGCCUGGAAGAAGGUCUACUUCUUCCUCCGACGUUCAGGCCUCUACUGCUCCACCAAAGGCUCAUCAAAGGAGCCCCGUCACCUCCAGUACGUGGCUGACCUGGAAGACCUGAACGUCUACAGUAUCACCAACAGCCGCAAGCUCUACGGUGCCCCUGUGGACUUCACCUUCUGCGUCAAGCCCAGCAAAGACCGUAUUCGUGCGCAGGACUUGAAGUUGCUGUGUGCGGAGAACGAACAAACGCGCACCUGCUGGACCUCUGCAUUUCGACUAUUCAAGUAUGGGAGGCAGCUGCAUUGUAACUACCAGCUGUCCCAGUCAGCACCUCGUCUACAGGAGGUUGUGUCUCAGCGGUGUGAGUCGGAGGCCAGCCUGGUCGCCAUGGACUUUUCAGGGAAGGCGGGGGGCCGGGUCAUCCAGAAUGCCUGGGAGGCCCAGAGCGCGGAGAGGGAGGAGGGACAGGCAUGGAGGAGGAGAGAAGCCUUGAGGUGCAGCCUACCCAACCUUACCCCGGGAUCUCGGCCCUCUUCCAUACACCGUACCCAGCUCUGGUUCCACGGUGGUGUGUCGCGAAAGCAGGCCCAGAGGCUGAUCGAGGAACAAGGAUUGGUGGAUGGGAUGUUCCUGAUUCGUGAGAGCCAGCAGCAUGCCCAGUGUUUUGUCCUCUCGUUGUGUUACAAGCUGAAGACCAAACACUACCUCGUCAUCCCUCCGCUGCCUGUCACCAAGGGAGUACCCCAAGGCUGGAUCCUGAGCCCCAUGUUAUGCUCAAUUUACAUCAACAACAUAGCUCAGUGUGAGGAGGACGGUAGGAAGUACUACACCAUGGACGAUGGCCUCACCCUCUUCAUUGACCUACUGCAGCUGGUGGAGUUUCACCAGAUCAACAAAGGCAUCCUCCCCGUCUGCCUCAAACACCCCUGUGUCUGUGUCGCCCUCUGACCACUUGGUUAGGGACACCUCAUAUGACCCCAGGGACACCUCAUAUGACCACUGGGCUAGGUAUAUAUGCAAAGUAGUUCAAACACUGUCAGUUUCACUGCGGCUAGCUAGCCGUACACCGCGUAGACCGUGUCCUUCGCCCCUGUGUUUCGGGCACUGUUUUCCAGAUGGCGAGGGCAGGUGUUUGGCAGGCGGGUGCGAACGACACUGUGUGCUGGCUUAGCCAGCUAAUCCUGAGGACGACUCCGGUACACGGGAGGCGGGAGCAGCACUGUUUGCUUGCUUACUAACAAGCUAGCUAGCACACUCCGGUCAUUGUUCUUCGCCCACGCCUGUCGGGCAUUCAUGCAGGAACCAUUGGGGUGCUGGGGGGGGGGAGAACCAAUGGGAUGCUCGAGGUGGGAACACCCUUAUUUGUGAGCUGCAGUUGCACACUUUUGAAAAGUUACAAAUAGCAGCUUGAAGUCACAUGCAGUAACUAGUGUGUAGGGGUCUAGACAUGGAUGGUCACAGCUAUACACCCCUAGCAGAAGCUUUUAAAUCAUGUAUUUUUAAUUGAACCUGACUCAUUUGUAGUUUCAGACACCCCCCCCCCCCCCCCACACACAUUUUUUUUACGUUUUAAUUAAUUACUUGCAAUCCCUGUGAGGGUAAGUUUAAUUACGCAUUUUGCACAGCUUUAGGAUCUUGGAGCGCCAUCAUUCGUAGGAUUUUGUGCUGUAACCUAAAGAAUUUGACUUGCUAAAGGGCUUGUUCACUCCCUUGUGAAGCAAUACCUCUGUGGAUAGUUGGCUGGAUGGCUAUAACUGAGUAGAUUCUUCAAUUUUAGAAGGUAACAUUGUUUACGCACAUCCUUUAGGGGCUUGGGGAUAUACAUGUGGAAUAGAGCCCCUUUUCAAUGUGUGGGAUAUACAGUGUGCAAGUUCCUGAGUGUACCACUAGGGAGCGCUCUUCAUACACCGGAUAGCAGAGCCAAAGAUGUGAGAGUUGAUUUGUCAUUGAGGAAUUGAUCAGGGGCUUACCCAGCGAGGUGUUGUGAAUCAGUUAGAAAUCAACUCUAUAGAGCUAUUGGAAAUCCAUGUUCUUCACAUUAGUAAUUAUCAAGCCAUUUCUGCACAAUACAUUUCUAUCUGAAUGUUCUGUAUAAUUGCACCAUCUUGAAUAAGCCCCAGGAUUGGUGAAAUACUGUAGCUACUCAGAAUGCCUUCUGAAUGUUUUACAAUGAUGUGUAUAUGUAUGUUUUUAAUUAUUAUUUUAUAGUUCACUGUGUAUGGUUUUCAUACUAGGACACACUACUAGUAGGUGCCUUGUAAAUUCAUAUAAAACUAAGCACUCUUAAAUGCAUAUUUUUGCACAGUGUUGGUUGAGGGAACUAUUCUGAUGUCUUGUUUUUGUAGUUAGCUGAAAAAGAGAUGUGGGCUGUUCGUUCCUACCCUGCAUGUUCAUAGUGUGUACUUGCAUGUAUGGGAUUUCUAUCAAUGACAUCCUGUGACUUUUUUGAAAUCUUGCAAUUGCUCAUAGCGUUUUAUAUGAAUUAAGUGGUGUUCGAUGUGCAACGUAUACAUCUCAAGUUAUUCAAUGCCCAAGGGCGGUUUACGUUUGUCACGUUUUACAGUUUUUUUUCUUCUUCAUUGAAUUCAAUUGUAUUGUGUGAUAUGCAACAUGGCAAAUAUCUAUAUCUCUUUCGUAACUGUUUAAUAAAUAACUGAUUUCUUAUAUGGUUUGUUGAAUUGGAUCUGAACUAUAAAUUUUUGCACUGUAAACAUG